GGAUAUUGGAUUGUACUGCAACUGAAAUGCGCAGAGUACCAAUAUAUGCGUUGCAACCUGCCCAAUCGAAGCAUCAAGCGGGCAUGGUUUGCUUAUGAUCAUAUCUGUUAAGGAUUGUUUUUAUUUGGUGACGAAUUUUAGAGCAACGCUUCAUCAUAAAAGUAACCUUUGCCGAGAGAAAUGAUGGCGUUACGGCGCCUAACAUCUGUUAUGUUGUGUCUAAGACCACCGACUGUAUGUUCAAGUGGAACUAGAUUAUUGUCUACGAAUUAUAGACUAUCAGGACUGUCUGCAUCCUCUAAUUUGUACCUGAUAGGGUCAAAGUCGCACACCUUAUACAACUCCGCUUUCACACCUAAAAUCUACGUCCCAUGCCGAUACAGCACCAUAUUCAGCGAUUAUCCUGGUGAUAUGUUAUGGGAAGGAGUAACGGGACCAAAAGGAGGCUCAAAAAAACGUGCGAGAGGAAAACGCAGAGUCACAAGACAAAAAAUAGAUCUCCAUAAGGGACAGAAAGUGGGAGUUGGAAAAGCCUGCAUGCAGUGGCCUGGUCUUAAUACUUCUUUAUCCUCAUCUAUCAAAAAAGGUGACUAUAAUGAAAAGUAUUUUGAAAGGCUAGAAGCGCUUCGUAACAAAUCUGCUGUGAAAAAGAAACGCAUGAAAUUAGCCCCUUUACAACGUGGUUGGACAGGGAAACGAAUGGGAGGACAAUCUGUUGGUCCACCUACACCAAAUCAUCCGGAUUUUGACUGUCGUGUCAUCGAGUCGAAAGUUGUCGCCACAAUGACUGCAACAAAAGGACGUUAUCGUCGAUUUUCAGUGGUUGUUGCAACUGGUAAUGGACAAGGUUUAUGUGGUAUUGGUAAAGCAAGAGCUUUAAAUAUAAUGUCCGCUGUUCGACGUGCUAAAUCACGUGCUGCACAGAAUAUUGUGUCAUUUGAACUUAAAGAAGGAAGAACAUUAUGGCAUGUUGGAUAUGUUUGUCAGUGGAACAGUAAAAUUUUUGCAACUCCUCUACCGGAAGGUACUGGUUUAAAAUGUCAUCGUAUGAUUAAAACUUUAUGUCAAGUUAUUGGAAUUAAAGAUAUGUAUGCUAAAGUUGAAGGUAGUACAACAAAUUAUCAAGCAAUAGCCAGAGGUUUCUUACGCUUAUUAGGUCAACAGAAAACAUAUGAAGACUUAGCUAACAGUCUAGGACUUCAUGUUGUUGAAUUUGCUGCUGAUCGUGAUAUGUAUCCACAUGUCUUAGCGUCCCCUGCGUACGGUCAAACAAUUGAUUUAAAUGACGAUAUUGUCAAUGAACCUGAGUCACAAUCUGAAACAGAAAAUGAACCUCCCUCAUUAUUAGUUCAAUCAAAUCCAAUACGCCGUAAACCGCGUAAACCUAGACCUGAACAACAUGACAGUUUCUUAGAUAAUUUAAUUGAUAAUGAUGAUGACAGAGCUACAGAAGCUAAUAUUUCAGAGUUAUUAGCAGCAGGUGAACGUGAUGUAGACACUCUUAUGUUGGGAGGACGUGUACGACUGAAAAAGAGCUCAACUCAUCAUGCUCGAGUAACUGACGCUGCGGUUCUUCGGCGUAGAGCAGAACGUCAUCGUUAUCGUAACCAACAAGCUGUCAAGCUCGAAAGAAACACUCAUGCUGCAUUGGCUGUAAAUUCGGUAUAA